AUGAACAUAUCUGCGACUACAACUGCUGUUACAAAUGAGGAAGUUGCUGUAUCGGCAAGAUGGUCAGCUCUCCGUGCAGCGGCGACCAGACGCGGUGGUGCUCGGCGCCUGCGCAGGGAAAUGGCCGCGCUACGGGAGACACUCGACGAUAUAUGCGAACCAGGAGACUGUGCUCCACAACCACACACCAGAGCUCAGCUACAUAGAAGAAUUGAGGAACUAAAGGAACGACUAUCCCGUCUGCUAGAAUGCAAGGUAUCGAUGCUGAAGCUGACUGUGUCAGUACGUCGUGCACUUGGGGAUAUGGAGAACGAUGACGGAGGACUGGCUGCUGACCUAGCAUCACUGCUAUCUGCAUGGGAUGAUGCUCAUCAACGGACUUCAAACGAACUCUUAUCUCUGGAAAAAGCGGUCUGCGCUUGGGCAGAAUGGGAGAGUGCUCUCCGAGAAUUGCAGGGUGCACUAAGAGGAGAUCUGGCGACCUUGGAGGCAUUAAGAGACCGCGGUACUGUGACUGGGGACCAAACCGAAGUUGCCGCCCAAAUAAGGCAAUUGGCUGCGUCACUUGUGGAUAAAAAGAAGGGUGGUUCAACAUGCGACUCAUUGUCCGACUCCGGUAUAUCGGACGGAGACAGCGAAGGUGCUGGACGACGUGCCAGAAGGCUCAGUGCAUUGCGGGAACUAGCCCGACGCCUGCAAGCUGCCCUAGCACCUAAUUCGCCAGCUCAGAGAGCUAUAGCAAAGCGUAUGGAACAAACUGAGAACGAAGUGCGCACGUUGCAAGAAUCAUGCCGUGCGCUCGUAGAACUCAGCAUUCCAGAUCUUAAGAUUGAGGAGGAAAGCAGGGACAAAACGAUUGCGGCCGUGACAAGCAGCAAGACAGGUUCAGGCGACCCUGACUACAGUCCCCGCGGAGGUUGGGUGUGGAGGGUCCUGCGGUCCUCGCUGCCCAUCCAGUUGUGCCUCGUGGCCCUGCUCCUAGCCGCUUGGCUGGUCGAACGCCCACGAUGCUGCGACGCCCUCAACUCCCUAGCUCAGACCCUGACUCCUCAGCUCCGCUACGUUCGCGGACCACCACCAGUCUGA